AUUAACAUUGUCAACUCUUUUCCAUACUAUAAAUACAACACACUCCUUCCUUCAUUCUUCACAACUUCAUUACUUUUCUAUAUACACCCCCCUUCAUACCUUAUAAUUCUAUAUUCCAAUGGCUGAUAUUGAGGGAUCACCAGGAAGCUCCAUGCAUGGAGUUACUGGAAGAGAACAAACCUUCAUAUCAUCAGUUGCUUCUCCUAUGGUUCCAACUGACACCACUGCCAAAUUUGCAUUACCAGUUGAUUCUGAACACAAAUCCAAAGUUUUCAAACUCUUUUCACUAGCCAAUCCUCACAUGAGAACUUUCCAUUUAUCAUGGAUAUCUUUUUUCACCUGUUUCGUCUCCACUUUUGCUGCUGCGCCGCUUGUCCCUAUCAUCCGCGACAACCUUAACCUCACGAAAGCGGAUGUAGGUAACGCUGGUGUGGCUUCGGUUUCAGGUAGUAUUUUCUCAAGGCUAACAAUGGGUGCAGUUUGUGACCUAUUAGGUCCACGUUAUGGUUGUGCAUUUCUUAUUAUGCUAACUGCACCGACAGUGUUUUGCAUGUCAUUUGUUGAAGAUGCAGCUGGUUAUAUAGCAGUUAGAUUUAUGAUUGGUUUUUCAUUGGCAACAUUUGUUUCAUGUCAAUAUUGGAUGAGUACUAUGUUUAAUAGUAAGAUUAUUGGACUUGUUAAUGGUACUGCAGCUGGUUGGGGUAAUAUGGGUGGUGGUGCCACUCAACUUAUUAUGCCUUUGGUUUAUGAGUUGAUUAGAAGAUGUGGUGCUACUCCUUUCACUGCUUGGAGAAUUGCCUUUUUUAUCCCUGGUUGGUUGCAUGUUAUCAUGGGUAUUUUGGUCUUAACAUUAGGCCAAGAUUUACCUGAUGGUAACCUUGGUGCUUUACAGAAGAAGGGUAAUGUUGCUAAAGACAAAUUUACAAAGGUGUUAUGGUAUGCUAUAACAAAUUACAGGACAUGGGUUUUUGCCCUGCUUUAUGGUUACUCUAUGGGAGUUGAAUUGACCACUGAUAAUGUCAUUGCUGAGUAUUUCUAUGACAGGUUUGACCUAAAGCUACACACAGCUGGAAUCAUUGCAGCUUCAUUCGGAAUGGCAAACCUAGUGGCUCGUCCAUUUGGCGGAUAUGCAUCAGAUUUGGCAGCCAGGUUAUUUGGCAUGAGAGGAAGGUUAUGGACACUAUGGAUUCUCCAAACUCUUGGUGGAGUUUUCUGCAUAUGGUUAGGACGUGCAAAUACACUUCCAAUUGCAGUACUAUCCAUGAUUCUCUUCUCAGUUGGAGCACAAGCAGCAUGUGGUGCAACAUUUGGAAUCAUUCCAUUCAUAUCAAGAAGAUCUUUGGGGAUUAUAUCAGGUUUAACAGGUGCAGGUGGUAACUUUGGUUCUGGAUUAACACAGUUAGUGUUUUUCUCAAGCUCAAAAUUCUCAACAUCAACUGGUCUUUCAUUAAUGGGUGUAAUGAUUGUAGCUUGCACAUUACCUGUGACUCUUGUACAUUUUCCACAAUGGGGUAGCAUGUUCUUUCCACCUUCAAAAGAGAUCAGUGAAGAACAUUAUUACACUUCUGAAUGGAAUGAAGAUGAGGUACAAAAAGGGUUGCAUCAAUCAAGUCUUAAGUUUGCUGAGAAUAGUAAAUCUGAGAGAGGUAAACGUGUGGCUUCUGCAGCAACUCCACCAAAUACAACUCCUACCCAUUAGCUAGCUGCUCAAUUUGAUCACUUAUGUUUUAAGGGCUUAUGAAUUUCCUUUGUUUGAAUAAGUUAAGUUUUUUUAACUCCAACAAAAGACAAAAAACAAUAUGUUAAAAGGAAUUGGUACUGGUGUAAAGUUUUGCACCAUUGAAGUUUCUACAUAGGUUUGUUGUAUUUUCUCCUUGAUGUAUGAGGUUGGUGUUAUGAGAGAUCGGACGGUCCAGAUCAAGUACAACAGGGUGCUGUAAUAGUGGGAAAUCUGAUUCUGUAUUAUGAUCUGUCAUGUAUGUAUGUAAGAUAAAUGAUAGAUUAUUUCAUCCAAUAUUGAAAUAUAUCUUACCUUUUACUCUCUAAA